AUGGAGGCUCAAGAUCCCUCUUCAGCAGCAGCAGCUCCCCUGGACCUGUCUCUCACGCUGGCCCCCAUGUCUCUUUGGGCUGCUCAUCCUUCUGGCGGUGGCGGUCGCCGCCGCAGUGGUGGCGGCACGACAUCGAGGCUCUUCGCUUGCCUAUUCUGCGAGAGGAAGUUCUUCAAGUCGCAGGCAUUAGGAGGCCACCAGAAUGCACACAGGAAGGAGAGGGUCUUCGGCAGCUGGAACCCGCACCUCUACCUCCCUGACCAUCAUGGUGACGCCGCGCUGACCACUGCAACGGCACGCCUUAAUGACAAGGACGACCACAAGCUGCAGGAGCUUGAUCUUAACCUCAAGCUUUGA